UGAGAGAGAAAACAUGCGCAUGCGCCGCGCCAGAUAGCCCGCGUCGCGAGUUGCAGUUCCCUGGAUUGGAUUACCGCAUUGGAUUACGACUGGAGACAUUGGAUUGUAAAAUUUACAGACAUUGGAUUGUAGAUUUGGCAAAUCUCGAAUCGGAGUGGUCGUCCCGGAAUCGAGUAGUGUUUUUGGAUUUUUACUGUGCUACAUGUACAUGCUACAUCCGGCGAUGGAUAAUUAAAUAAAUGUGAGAUAUUUUAAAAUCGCAAGAAAAUAAAAAAAAAAGUCGAGAUUAUAUCAAGGCGAAAACUAUAUUUCAAUGCGUGCGUGCUUAAGAUUCGUGUGAAUUUAUUUAUUUAUCGAUUGCAAUUUUUCUUUCCCCCGGGUGGGAUUUGGUCUCGUGUGAGUGAGAUUGUAAAUAAGUGUACAUUUUAAAAGGCUUAGUUAUUUUCUCUUAAAAAAAUUUCUCGUGGGCCCAUGAUGAUAUGCUCAAAAAUUUAGUUACCGGUUAUAUUGAAGUGCGCGAUUUUUGUAGUUUUUUCUGUUUUUGUCACGAUUGUGAAAAAUCUGCGUACGAGUGUAUGUGCUUUGUUAAGACAGAGAGAAACCGAACACGAUGAAGUACCUUUUUACGGUUUUGGCGCUGUCUUCAGUUCUGGCCGUAGCCUCGUCGCUGGGCUCGGAAGACGCCGACGCAAAACCGAAAAAAGGCGAUAAAUUCUCGGCGCAAAGACGCCUGAGUCGCAAUGGAGCCCUGAGCCCGCAGAAGAGGCUAGCACGACAGCCGAAUCCUACGUCGACGCCGGCGGUACCAUCGUACGCGGUGCCCAUGGAGCCUCUGGUACAGUACUCGCAACGGGAUCCCCUGUACCACGAUAAGGAUGAUGAACCCAUCGUAGAGAGCUUCACUACACCCGGCUACGAGCAGAAGUCGCGGAUAGACCAUCUCGUCGCGGAGCCCAGCAAUCAUAUCACUGAUAUCUCUGGAGCAGGUUACGUGGAGCGUGGCGGGUACAACGGUCCCUUCCUGGACCACCCGGCCCCCGUCUACGGUGUGCCAACCUACUACAAAGAACCGGAGCCGAUAAUCGAGAUAAUCAUCAAAGAAUCGAACGAAUCCCUACCGGCUCCGCCCACCCCUCCCACUCCACCACCGACCCCACCCACCAAGGAGCCCGUCCAGGUCUUCUACGUCAAGUACAAGAAGAACCCCAACAGCCACGGUAAAGAGGAUGACGUCAUCUACGACCCACCUAUCCCAGCCCUAAGUCCCCACACCCACGACAUCGUCGAACCCUCCCACCAGCCCGCGCCCCCCGUCCCCACCUACGGCGCUCCCCCCGCGACGGUGGCCCCGCCCCCUAGCACCACCAUCAAGGCCAUCAUCAGGCCAGACUCGGAGACGUACCACGGGACCUCCGGGUUGCGGAUCUCCUUCGGGAAACCCGACGAGAGCGGCCACGACUUCGCGUCGUACCAUCGGGCGGCCAUCGCCGACGGCCCGAUCGAAGCCCAGAAGCGCGAUUCCAUCAGCGAACAGAGCGAGCCGCACUUCAGCCAAGUCUCCAGUUCGAGCCCCGUGGAGUUGACCGAAAAACCGAGUGUCGCUAUAGUCACGCCUCAUGCUCACAAGCGGCAGCAAACCGAGUUUCAGCCUCAACCCACUCCGGAAGUCAAGUUCACGCGGCAGGAGCCUUUCAUCCCCUCGCAACCCCACAUUGAGACCUACCAAACACCGCCACCGGUCACCUUCCAGCAGUCUCAACCCCAGCAAAGGGUUGUCUUCCCGGGACAGCAACCACCGUUCAGGCCCCAGCAUACGAAUAACGUCUUCAACAACAGGCAGAACCAGCCACUGCAACAGACUCAAAGAAACCCACCUUCGUUCUUAGGGCCGUUCAACCCCAAUCAACGCCAGCAAACCCCGUUCAUUCCCCCACCCAAUCAACAGAGACCGAACAGCCCCCAACCGACCGGUCAGAACCAGGUGCACCGGCCCUUCGUGCCACCCCAACAAAAUCAGCCCCCGCAGUUCCCGGUGCCGCACGCUUCGAACUAUCACCCCCAGGUGCAACCACAGGGUAACUUCCAGUUCGGACCGCGCCCGAAUUUCAACCCCAACCAGCAGUUCGUCCAACCGAAUCCCCAACCGUCGAAUAAUCUUCCCCAGCAUUUGAACCACCAACCGAACUUCAACCAACAAUUCAACCCCCCGCAGCGGCAACCUGGAUUCACUCCUCACCACCAGUUCAACCCCCAGCCCCAGAAUCAACAGUUCAACCAGCAGAACCAACGGAUCCAACAGCGCCCGAAUCCGCAGCAGGUCCAACCCUUCGUUGCCUCGCCUCAGUUCAACCCCCCAAACCAGCACCCCCAACAGAACUUUGGGCUCCCACAACAGCAGCCGUCAAAUAAUUUCUUACAGCAGCGCAACCCCCACCACCACCAGUUCCAUCAGCAACCCCAGCCAAGCUCCCUCCAACAACCGCAACAAAACCACCACCAACAACCUCAACAAAAUCCGCAGCAGCAUAACACCCACCAGCAACAGCAAUCCAUCCACCAGCAGCAGCAACCCAUCCACCAGCAACAACAACCCAUUCAUCAACGACCCCAACAACAAUUCCAGCAACAUAAUCACCAACAGGACGGUCACCAACAGCCGCAACAACAGUUCCAUCAACAGAAUAGGCCGGAGUUCGGGGCUCGCCAACAGAACUUCCAUCAGCAUCAACCCCAGUUCGCCCAGGCAGAAACCACCCAUCAACCUAUUUCAACCGGGCGUCCAUACGUCGCCGUAACCCGGGACUCGACGCCAAAACAGUCUAGUCAGUCGCCGAAUUACCGCUCGACCGAGGGAUUCCGUCCCACCACGCAGUCCUACAAGUCUUCAACGCCUUCCUACCUCCAGUACUCAGAAGAGCAGGAAGAGGAAAAGAAGUACUACAAAAAGCCAACGGAGAGUCCUUUCUCGCAAUUUCCACCAAACCACAAGCCGGACAAAGAGGGAAAGUACUCGAGUAUCUUCUCGCCCGGAAAAUCAUCCAAGCCGCAACAGCAGGUGUUCGUGACGAGCCCAACCCCUAGCUACACAACAACGACAGUCAAAUCGACGACCUACUACACUCCGCCGGAAUCCACGACCUACUCCCAGAAGAAGAAGAUCGAGAAGGAAACGAAGAAGAGCGAGAAGGACAAGGUGAAGACGAGCCUGGCGGCACUCCCCGACGAGGUUCCCGACGAUCUACGGGAGCAGCUCAUUGCCUCGGGGAUCCUGAACAACGCGGACAUCCAGAUCCUGGACUACGACAAGGUCGGCGAUAUCCCCAUUGAGAAUCUGCCACCCGAGGCCCUGGAGCAGCUUCAGGGAGCCGGUAGCGCGCCCGUGCCGUCCAUCGUGGCGCCGGAUAAUGUCACUGCACCACUUGAAAUGAAGGUGGUGCGCUACAACUCCGAAUCGGAGGGCGAGCGCGUAGCCGAGACCUACGUGCAAGAGGACGCAACCCAGCUGGACCCGGUGGUGCUCAACGACUCCAAGUACAACCGCUACCUGCCGCUCAAGGUUUCCGGGACGCAGUUCCCGGUGCCGGACUCCCUGGAGCUGGGCGGGCGGAAGGUGAGCUCGGUGGUGGUGCUGGCGCCGGUGGACUACGAGUUCAUCCGGGCGGCCGAGCGGGGCACCGACGAGCGGGCCGGCCGCGCCGCCGCCCAGGUCCACGGCGUCCGCUUCAUCGCCGGCGACUCCCUCAAGAGCCUCGUCAAGGAGCCUACCGCCCAGAACUACCGCCGCUGGCUCGAGAGGGAGAAGUCCAUGCCCGCCGAGAGCCAGUCCGUCAUCCUCCUAGUUACCAGCCCGACGGAAGACAAACCGCAGCCGGCCCAAGCUCCCUCGAACGACUCAAAGGAGAUCUUCAUGUACGACCCGACCUCGCAGAAGCUCUCCCACCUGCGCGGCGAGCUCUCCUCGACCUUCGUCCGCGUCGCCGAAUCCAACGCCCAGAGCCAAGACUUGGACACUCUCUCCGGCGACGAGGAACCUGAGGGCGCCGCCUCCGAGAUCGAGGCCGUUCGCGUCCCGGCGCCCAAUACGCCCUUGACGCCCUUGACGCCCAAGACGCCCUCGACGCCCUCCGUGCCCUUGACGCCCCUCCCGGCGAACCAUGCUCCACACCCCCUCCCGCACAAGCCGAGCUCCAAGAACGGACUCCACAAGAAGGACGCUACGGCGCUGGCCGCCCGCGAGGUCUCCCCGCCGCCUCCUAGGAGGAUCGUCAUUUCUUCAGGGUAUAGUAAGACUGCUGAGUAUGCCGCCGCCCCCGCUAGGCAUCGAAGUGAGUGAGCGAGCACCACGGGUUGAGGUAGUGAGUUUACCACACUGAAAAAAAAAAUUACGGGCUACAUAUGAGGCCUUAUAUGUAACAAU